GUCCCCCCUCCUCCGCCUUCUUCUUGCCUGGGUCUCGGCUACCCCGCAGGGUCUCCGCAAGGGCCCCCCUUUCUCCUCGCAAGGCCCCCCUUUCUCCUCGCAAGGGCCCCCCUUUCUCCUCUCCUCGCAUAUCCCCACCCCCCGCCGAAGAGAUGGGGCCUAAAGCGAAGGGAGGCGGCAAGGGGGCGAGCAAAGGGGGUGGCGCGGCAGCUGAUGGAGACGGGGAGAGCGGUGGAGGCAAGAAGGGCUCCGUGCCCAAGGGAGGCGGCACAUCCGUCAAGGUGCGCCACAUCCUGUGCGAGAAGCACGGCAAGGUGAUGGAGGCGAUGGAGAAGCUAAAGAGCGGCGUCCGGUUUAACGAGGUGGCGACUAACUUCAGCGAGGACAAGGCUCGCCAAGGAGGCGACCUCGGCUGGAUGGUGCGAGGUUCCAUGGUGGGGCCUUUUCAGGAAGCGGCCUUUGCGUUGCCCGUGAGCUCCCUGGCCAGCCCGGUGUACACCGACCCUCCCGUCAAAACCAAGUUCGGAUACCACAUCAUCAUGGUGGAAGGUCGCAAGUGAAGCCGGCGGAUACUGGCGGAAAUCGCCGGACGGACGGACGCCGAGAACCGCUCGCAAGGCUGCGGCGGCUGUGGUCCCUCGUCUCCACAACGAAAACACGAGCAGCGGCUCGCGUUUGUGACGCACUCCGAACGGGACGAACGCCUCCGUCCGUUGAUCUCACGGCAGCCGUGGAGGGAACAUUUGCCUUCGGAUACUUCGGCGUAUCGUCUCCGUCGAUUGCGAUCGUCGUGGUUUCACAAUGUUAACGGGUAAUUAGUUAAUUUGGACUUUGCACAAUUCUCAUACUUGUGAACCCCUUAUCAGUGCCUACCUGAUUACAGACCAAUUCAGACCUUAUUGGUCACCCCGUACCCUUAUAUAAAUCUCAACGUUAAUCCUACAAAGUCCCAUCACAAGGGAGAAACACAAAAAAAAUAUUUUGCCCGUAUACAAACGGCUGCAUGGACAUGAAAACUCAAGGCUAUCUGGAAGGCACUUUGUUUCACAGACGAGUAUAGCCUGCCAGUAGGGGGCCAACGUUGCUAUGUGGUUACCUCGUUAGGGUGAAAGAGCCGGUUGCAUAACGUGCGGUGUAAUUUUCAAAAUCUGCCAAAUUUGCACCGUGACACUGGCACACAACGGCCUAGGCUCUUCUGAAUGACCUCACGGGAUCUUUAACGUCCACUCUCAACGCGCACGGCGGCCACGUCACGCCGCAUUAUUAACCAGGACGGCCAACGGGGCUUGAACCACGAACAUUCACCGCACGCGGCGAACACGCUACCGUUCGACUACGUCACCUGACUCCUGCUACUACUUGUGGUAACCACUGGGAACAACCCCCACCCCCCCCCCCCCAAUAUUCCAUAUUAGUGGGGGGCUCGCCCUGCUCCCCUACUCACGGGGGGGCGCAGGGUCUCGGCCACGCUCGGCCGCCGACGCCGCCUGCGUUGCGGUUGCAGGCUCCUGUUUUCUCGCGCUCGCCUCCGAUGAGCGCCGUUGGUGGCUACGUACGGCGCGAAGGAAGUUCACCGCACGCCCGCGUUCAAUAAACGACCGGCGCGGGAGACUGG